GUGGUUGUGUACAUUGUGUCGGAAUGUUGUGAUGCCAGAAGUGGAAUAUGAUUGUGAAAACACACGACAUAUCAGUGAAAACAGGGGGAUAAGAACAUUACAGGGUCUCUCCAUUGGUGACCAAAGGAAAUGUGAAAAGCUGGCACUACACCUUUACUGUCAUCCGCUAAGCCUGCCAUUCCAUGAACCCGUCAGUCCUUUGGCACGUCACUACUACCAGAUUAUCAAAAGGCCAAUGGAUCUUUCUACCAUCAGGGCAAAACUUCAGAAAAAGAAUCCCCUUCAUUACUACACACCAGAAGAGUUCAUUUCUGACAUUCACCUCAUGCUUAUGAAUUGUGCAAAAUUUAAUUAUCCAGAUUCAGAGGUGGCCCAAGCUGGAAGAAGCUUAGAAGCAUGCUUUGAAGAAAACCUAAAAGAAAUUUAUCCUGACAAAAGCUUGGCAGGAACGAUCCAAGAAGAUUCUGACUCUGAAGAGAUUGAUAAUGAAAAUGGAAUGGUUACUAUCAAUGGAUUUACUUGGCCAACAGAAGAAAAGGAGCAUGUGAAGCCAAAGAGAAGACGCAGGCACGGUGGAAGCCACAGCCAUAAGGACAAUAGACUUUAAGUGGCAAUCCUGACUGAAAGUAUAAAUAUUGUGAAGUGGUGAUUGAUCCUUUUUCUCUUUUUAUUCUCUUUCAAUAAACCCAUUGCUGUUUCUUUCCUUUUUUUUUAUAACUUGUUUGUUUUCUGUAAAAGUUUUGGACCUCUCAGGAAUGUGGAUAUCAGCUUCCCCGAAGUAAAACUGUAAUUGGCAAUCACCAGUUCCUUUUAUAGUUUGUUGUACACAGAUUACACUGGAUGAGAUUAAAGAUAUGAAUUAUUGACCCAUCUUCUGGGUGAAAGACUUGUGCAACUUGCCUAAGUUUGCAUUACUGCACGGUGAGGAAACAGCUUUACUGGUGAUAUUCUCUGCAAGUUAUGGAGCACUGCUCUUGUUAAUUUAACUAGUUAGCUUCUAAUAUAUUUGUGGAAUAGAAAUAGUGAAAUUAUGUUCUACUCAAAUUUCUUCUUCUGGCGUAUUGAAAGCUAGUGCAAGCAAAAUUGCAUUCAAGGUUGAAUUUCCUUUGGUGUUCUCUGGAUUGUCCACUCUAACUUGGGUGGACAAUUUCAAGGUACCGUCUAUGAAAUAACACAAACAUUGACCCCUGAAGGAAUUUCACACGCAGUAGAAUGUAGGUUCUAUUUUUUUAAUCAAAUGUUUAAAUUGUGAUAUUCCUGUAAGGGUAUGUUUUGCAUUUUAUGGUGGCCUGUUGUGAGUUCCUUAAGGAAUAUCAAUUUGUAUUUAUUUUUCAGUAUUGAUUGUUGCAAGAACAAGCCACUUUGCCACUCUGAAUGUAGUGGUGAUAGGAAUCACACUUGGUUUGUUUUGGGAUGGAGUUUAUUUUUCUGUUAACUGUUGAAGGGAAGUUUGUCCAACAGCACACUUUUUUAAAAUUCAACUUGUUAAUUUGCAGAGAUUUUGAUUGCAAAGCUUUUAGAAACUUUGAUGAUUUACAAAUUUUCAAUGUUCACAGAAUUUCCAACAGCAGAAUGCUGCCAACAGUGUGUUGUAUAACCCUGUUUUAAAACUUUUUAUGUAUUGAUUUGAAAACCAAAACAAUGGCAAGGGCAUGAGAAGACCUCCUGAGGAGGAACUAUGUUUGCAGUUGGUUUGGCUAUGGCCAGGAUUAAUGAUCUCUCAUCUAAGUUUGUAUUGUGAGCUAUUUCACUUUAUAAGAGAAAGAACUGAAGUUAUGCUGACAGUUUAUGAUGAGUGAACUUCCAAAGUGAGAUGAACAGUACCAGCAUAAAGGCCUGAGGCCAGUUCUUCAAAAUGAAGUCUUAGUUUGAUGACUGGCAGAACAAAAUAACCAUACAGCUCAAUACAAAAGUGCCGUUAUCUGAAUGUGAGACUUUCUGUUAGAAAUCUGGUAAGGUAAUGGGAGGAAAAAUUUGUUGAAAUAAAUGCAAGGGCAGUACUUAUUCUACAGAUAUAGAAUAGAAAUGUCUUCCUCAGCAUUGUUGUUCAUGCUGAUUGAUGCUUGUCUUUCAAUGAAAAUUAUACAUUCAGCCAUUGUACAUGACAUAAGUUGUGAGCAGGUUAUAAUUAAAUUGUAACAGUACUGUGAUCAAUCCAUUCUUAUUACUACUGUAAUAAAGCUGGUUAACAUAGCUAAAUAAAAGUUUUGAAAAGCA